AUGGCUGUUGGGAAUCGUCCCACGAUAUCCACUCAGGCCCUUCCUCCCGCAGAGUCAGCAACCUUCCUCGAGUCUGCGUUUUUCUCACGUAACGGACCAGGAGCUGAGCUACCAUCUCCCGCGAAUGUUCGUGAACAGGGCACGGUACAGGACCCAACAUUGAAGGGCCGUAACUUCGGUUUUCAACCUGUCCGUUAUGAGCAUCUCAGCCUAAUUGUGAAGUACGGACGCGCCCCUCAGGUAACAGUAGCUGAGGGCCAGUUACUCUGGGCGCUCCGUCGCGUCUUGCCUACUGUACCUGUCCCGGAAGUAUAUGGCUGGACUCACGAUAACGGUCAAGGAUUUAUCUAUAUGGAGCUAGUAAAGGGCGUUACUCUAGAGCAACGGUGGGAAUUUCUAGACCGGACACUGAAAGAUUGCUGGAACAAUCGAAUUCUAAAUUUUAUUUUACAUUCUUUUUCAUCUUGCAAGACCUUGACUACGGCUGAACCCAUAUAUUGUAGUGAAAAAACAGUCUAUCGAGAGUAA